CCACCUCGACAGCCACACCCCAAAGCGGCGAUCGCCGACUCCAUCCCCCAAAUCACCGCCAUCACGUCCCCCGCCCCACCCUCCCUCUCGCGGAAAACUCUCGAAACCGUUUCUUCCAUUCCCUGUUCAGUAACUGACACUUGCAGGGAGCCAUCGCUAACUCUCCCUCUCUAGAGAAAAACUGCAGCACAGCCCACCUUCUCUUCUCUCUCCUCCUCAUUAUAUUCUAUUCCCCUUAUCUUUUCUCUCCCUUCUCGUCCUUCUUCUCACCCUCCCCAGAUGGUCCUCCGAGCCCCAUUUGACCCCCAGCUCGAAAAUCCCACCAAACCCAUAAACAAUUCACCCAAAACCACUUCCCUCCCCUCUCCUUCUUCUUUCUUUCCUUCCCAUCUUAGCCCAUGUAUUUUCUUUUGAAGAUCUUGAGACCCCUCCAUUCUCUAUGGAUCUCGAGGGCGGCCUCUUCUCCAGUCCCUCCAAGAUAUUCUUGGAGGGCGGUGUUAACUUUGGCGUACCAGAGCCUUGGGGUGGUGUACGGUGACCUGAGCACGUCGCCGCUGUACGUGUACAAGAGCACUUUCGCGGAGGACAUCCAGCACUCGGAGACGAACGAGGAGAUCUACGGCGUGCUCUCCUUCGUCUUCUGGACUCUCACGCUCGUCCCUCUCCUCAAGUACGUCUUCAUCGUCCUCCGUGCCGACGACAACGGCGAGGGCGGCACCUUCGCGCUCUACUCCCUCCUCUGCCGCCACGCACAUGUCGGCUUCCUCCCCAACGGCCAGCUCGCCGACGAGGAGCUCUCGGCGUACAGGAAGGGGGACAGUGUUGGUGGCGGAGGUGGCCGACGGGCGGUCGGCGGCGCGCCGGCGUCGAGGGUGAGGGGGCUGCUGGAGAAGCACCAGGUGCUGCAGCGGUGCUUGCUGGUGCUGGCGCUCAUAGGAACGUGCAUGGUCAUCGGGGAUGGUGUCCUCACCCCUGCUAUUUCUGUUUUUUCGGCGGUGUCGGGGCUCGAGCUUUCAAUGUCCAGAGAGCGGCAUAAAUAUGUGGAAGUUCCUGUUGCAUGUCUUAUACUGGUUUGCUUGUUUGCUCUGCAACAUUACGGUACCCAUCGGGUGGGAUUCCUGUUUGCACCAAUUGUCACUGCUUGGCUUCUAUGUAUCAGCGCAAUUGGUGUUUAUAACAUUUUCCAUUGGAAUCCUCAUGUUUAUCAAGCACUUUCUCCAUACUACAUGUACAAGUUCUUGAAAAAGACUCAAAGAGGAGGUUGGAUGUCCUUGGGUGGAAUCCUAUUAUGCAUAACGGGUUCUGAAGCUAUGUUUGCCGAUCUAGGACAUUUUUCACAGUUAUCAAUAAAGAUUGCUUUUACUUUUGUGGUUUAUCCAUCAUUGAUCCUAGCAUAUAUGGGACAAGCUGCUUAUCUAUCUAGACAUCAUAUUAUUGAAAGUGACUACCGAAUUGGAUUCUAUGUGUCCGUACCAGAGCGGAUAAGGUGGCCAGUUUUCGCAAUAGCUAUACUUGCAGCUGUCGUGGGGAGCCAAGCCAUUAUCACUGGCACUUUUUCCAUCAUCAAACAGUGCUCUGCUUUGGGAUGCUUUCCUAGGGUAAAGAUAAUUCACACGUCAUCUAAAGUUCAUGGACAAAUAUACAUCCCAGAGAUCAACUGGAUCUUAAUGGUUUUGUGCUUGGCUGUAACUGUUGGUUUCAGAGACACGAAGCGCAUGGGUAAUGCAUCAGGGUUGGCAGUUAUAACUGUCAUGCUAGUCACCACCUGCUUGAUGUCCCUGGUGAUAGUCUUGUGUUGGCAUAAGAGCAUUUUUGUGGCUGUAUGUUUCAUUUUCUUCUUUGGCACCAUUGAAGCACUCUAUUUCUCGGCUUCUCUUAUUAAGUUCUUGGAAGGAGCUUGGGUACCCAUUGCACUCUCCUUCAUUUUCAUGAUUAUCAUGUAUGUCUGGCACUAUGGCACCCUCAAGAAAUAUGAGUUUGAUGUCCAAAAUAAGGUUUCCAUCAACUGGCUCCUUAGCCUGGGUCCUACUCUUGGAAUUGUCCGUGUGAAAGGGAUUGGCCUCAUACAUACUGAGCUUGUGUCAGGAAUACCAGCCAUCUUCUCCCAUUUCGUCACCAACCUCCCUGCAUUCCACCAGGUCCUCGUUUUCCUCUGCAUCAAGUCAGUCCAAGUUCCAUUCGUCCGGCCAGAGGAGCGGUUCCUUGUGAGCCGAGUCGGCCCCAAAGAAUAUAGGCUCUAUAGGUGCAUCGUCCGCUAUGGAUACCAUGAUGUCCGCAAGGACGACUUGGAGUUUGAGAAGGACCUAAUUUGGAGCAUAGCGGAAUUCAUAAGGUCAGGGGGUUCCAAGCCCAACAGCAUGGUGGCAGAGUCUGAAAAAGAUGAAGAGAGAAUGGCUGUUGUUGGUGCUGGAGUCCGGUUGUGGGAGGAUGAUGGGGAGCCGGUGGAUGCGACCAACCCCUCGGAUUCUAGAGAGAUACAGUCGCCUGUGGUUGGAACAAGGAAAAAGGUUAGGUUCGUGCUGCCUGAGAGCCCACAAAUGGAUGCCGGGGUGAGGGAGGAACUGCAAGAGUUGAUGGAGGCAAGGGAAGCAGGAAUGGCGUUCAUACUUGGGCAUUCUUACGUCAGGGCAAAGUGUGGCUCAAGUUGGGUCAAGAGGCUGGCGAUCGAUGUGGUAUAUGAUUUUUUGAGGAGGAAUAGUAGGGGUCCGGGAUAUGCAGUCAGCAUCCCACAUGCAUCCACUCUGGAGGUCGGGAUGAUCUGCCAUGUCUGAGUUUUGUUAUGAUACAGUUUGUGUAUCUUUGUUCAUGAUUUAAAGUAUUAUAUAGUUUAGCCUCUCUUAUGAUCUUGCUAUACUUUUAAAUAGCGUUCAAUGGUUCUUGGGUGAGCCACGUUCUCACCGGUGAUGGAGGGGUAAAAGCAUAGAAACAAUUUUUUUAAGUUGUCAUGAAUUUUUGUGGUAUAGGGAAUAUAAUCAAUCAGAUUAAACUACCUGGGAAACUGUUUCUAUUGAAAGAGAUGGGCAAUAUAAGAGGACUGGUUGUGCGUGCGG